AUGAUAGAUUAUUAUUUGGUAGAUAAAAAUACAGUUAAACUGAAAACUACUUUAAACAAAGAACUUGUACAAGAUGUUUAUAGAAAUAUGUUAAUUCUACGUCUUAUCGAAGAAUAUGCUAACUCUAAGUAUAAAAAAGGAAAUAUAAGAGGCUUCUGUCAUUUAGUAAUAGGACAGGAAAACAUUUAUAUGAGUUUACAAAAGGUACUAGAUAAAAAUGAUAAAGUCAUAGGAUCUUAUAGAUGCCAUGGAUUAGCAUUUAUUUGUGGAAUCAGUAUAGAAAGUAUUAUAGGGGAAUUAUUAGGAAAGGCUAUUGGUAAUUGCAAAGGAAAAGGAGGAUCGAUGCAUUUGUAUAAUGACCAAUUUUAUGGGGGACACGGUAUAGUAGGUGCGCAGGUAUCGCUUGGUACAGGAUUGGGAUUUGCUUUACAAUAUAAAAAAGUAAAAAAUGUAGCAUUUGUAUUUUUCGGGGAUGGUGCUGCAAAUCAGGGACAGGUCUGGGAGUCGUUCAAUAUGGCUGCAUUAUGGAAACUUCCUGUGGUUUAUGUAUGUGAAAAUAAUCAUUAUAGUAUGUGGACACCUGAAAGUAAUUCCACUACAUAUCCUGAAUAUUUUAAAAGGGGAUAUAAUAUUCCAGGUAUACGUCUUACAGAUAAAAACAUAACUCAACUGAUUGAUGUAUUUACAUUUGCUAGACAACAUGCAAUAGAAAAAGGACCUAUCAUCUUGCAAAUUGAUACGUACAGGACAUGUGGGCACUCCUGUUUAGAUGUUAACGAUUUUUACAGAUCCACGGAGGAAAUUAAUGAAAAAAAAAAUAAUGACUGCCUUAAAGAAGCAAAAAAUAACUUACAAAAAUUUGCGACUUGUGAAGAAGUAAAAAUUAUCGAAGAUGAGGUAAUUUCCUGCUUUGAAGAAGGUGUUAAAAAAGUUAUUUUUUCUAAAGAACCCGAUAUCGAUGAACUUUUAAAAGAUGUUUAUUCUGAAUAA